UUCAUCAGAGAUCGACCUGUCGACAGCUGUUGCUGUUGUUGAACAGGUGCUUGCUGACGAGGGUUUGCGGGUCGUGAAUUUCGGGAGCUUUCUGGUGUUCGCGGUCUAUUUUUUCGUGCGUGACUUGAUUACGAUUACGACCUGCGGUGUGUGAAAUUUCAAGGUUUAAUCCGUAUCAAUCGAAUGGGCGGAAACUUUGCAGGUGUGAGCUUGCUGAGUAAUGUGUGAACGAGUGUUAUACAACUCAAUUGAAGAAGUGGUUGCAACCGACUAAGAUAUUCAGCGUUCGUGCACCAAAUCCAGGGUGUGAAUAACAUUAGAACCAGUGAAGAGCCAACCAUGAAAAGCUCAAUGAAGUGCGUGGUCAAACGUCAACGUCAGAGGUCGACAGACUUUCGAUCAACAUCAACUAGGGUGACGAUCAGCAGCAGCAGUGACACGAUAUUGCUCUCACUAGCGGUGCUCCUCCUGGUGGCGAGUAGCAGCGGAGUGAGCGGACAGAAUACGCGGCGCUUUCCGACGGACUUUCGCUUCGGUGUUGGCUCGUCCGCGUACCAGAUCGAGGGUGGCUGGAACGAGGGUGGCAAGGGCGAGUCCAUCUGGGAUCGUAUGACCCACCGGCACCCGGAGAAGAUCGCCGACGGUAGCAAUGGCGAUGUCAGCUCGGAUAGUUAUCACAAUUGGUUACGUGACGUCGAGAUGAUACGAGAGCUCGGUGUUGAUGUGUACCGAUUCUCGCUGUCUUGGCCUCGGAUUUUGCCGAGUGGCUUUGUGAACAGUGCCAGUAAGACCGGCAUCCGGUACUACAGCAGGUUGAUCGAUGAGCUGUUGAGGUACAACAUUACGCCGAUGGUGACGCUGUACCACUGGGAUCUACCACAGCGCCUGCAAGACCUGGGUGGUUGGACAAAUCCUGAGCUGAUCGAGUACUUCAAAGAUUACGCGCGGGUCGCGUUCGAGCAGUUUGGUGAUCGUGUUCACAUUUGGACCACCUUCAACGAGCCGUGGCACGUGUGUGAGCAAGCGUACGGAAUAGAUUUUAUGGCACCGGCGCUGGAUUACCCCGGCAUUGCGAGCUAUCUUUGUGGGCAUAAUUUACUUAAGGCUCACGCUGAAGUAGUGCACAUGUACCGGAGAAGGUUCCAGCCGAAGCAGCACGGGUCGAUUGGGAUUACAACGGACAUCUCGUGGCCGGAACCAAUGACUAGCAGUGAGGAUGAUCGGGCGGCGUCGGAGCUGAGCUUGCAGUUUUAUAUUGGCUGGUUCGCGCAUCCCAUCUUCUCCGAGAGUGGAAACUACCCCCAGGCCAUGAUCGAUCGCGUCGCAGCGCUAAGCAAACAGCAAGGAUACUCCAGAUCGCGACUGCCCACGUUCAGCCCGGCCGAGGUCGAAAUGAUCAAAGGGACGUCCGAUUUCUUCGGCAUCAACUCGUACACGUCGGUGCUGGUGCGCAAGAACGACCGGAACAACUCGGUCGGCUAUCCGGUGCCGUCGUUUAACCAUGACAUGGGGGUGAUCGAAUCGAGCGAUCCCGACUGGCCGACGAGCGGUUCCGUGUGGUUACACGUUGUGCCAAAAGGUAUGAACAAGCUGCUGAACUGGAUCCGCAAGGAGUACAACAACCCGCCAGUCUACGUUACGGAAAAUGGCGUCAGCGAUCGCGGAGGCACCAACGACGUCAAGCGGAUCGACUACUUCAACUCGUACCUGGAGGCCGUCCUGGAUGCCAUCGAAGACGGAUGCAACGUGCAGAUGUACAUCGCCUGGAGCCUGAUGGACAGCUACGAGUGGAAGGCCGGGUUCACUGAAAAGUUCGGCCUGUACCACGUGGACUUUACCUCCCCGAACCGGACCCGCACGCCAAAGGCCUCCGCCAAGGUGUACGCCAACAUCGUCAAGACGCACCGGAUCGACUGGAGCUAUCGACCGGCGCCGGAGAAGAUGAUCAAACCGCCGGCACCGUACCGGUCCGACAGCAGCGUGCGCCUGCCCGUAACGUACCUGUUUGUGGCGGCGCUGGCGAUUGUGCUCAAGCUGGUCUACAGCAGCUGAAGCCAGGCAGAGCUGUCUUCCCCAGCCGGAGGGAAACAGAUUUUGCUCAGUGAUCAGUGAAUCUCAAUGUGCCGUUAAAGUAUUUAAUGUGUUUUAAAAGAAAAUGUGUGAAUUAGGAUAAGAGCGUAUUGUAAAUAUAAUUUGAACAUGUGAUUAAUGAA